AUGAAUGAAACUACACAUCUGCAGUGCUCUCCAUCGGUGGAUGAAGCCUUCGGACCUAUUGUAGAAGGUUGCCGUCGCGACUUCACUUUUACAUUUGAGCAAUACGUCUUCUCUAUCUUACCUUCAGUUUUAUUCCUUCUUUUCGCACCUUUACGCGUCCAGGUCCUUCGAAAGCGUGAAUCGACGGUCGGCGGCAAGCCAUUACGAUCGCUGAAGCUCCUAACCACUCUGAUUACGUGGGCUACAACGAACCUUCAUGGCAUCCGUACCCUAGCUGCCAUUGCCACCAGUCUCUCCUUCCUUUCCAGCCUCGUGUUGUGCAUGUUAUCUUACCUCGAGCACUCCCGCUCCCUGCGCCCCUCUGCUCUCUUGAAUGCGUAUCUUUUGUUCUCUCUCCUCUUCGAUGCUGUCGUACUCCGCACAUUAUGGAUGGUGGUACUCAGCUCCAUAGCCACCAUGCUUUUCUUAGAAGCGAAAGAGAAACGUGGGUAUUUGAAGAGGGAGGAUAGACCAGGCCCAGAGGAAACCAGUGGCUUGUAUAGUCAGACCUUUGUGUGGUGGAUGAAUUGGAUCAUUAGGGAGGGCAACAGGCACGUGCUUAAACCGACGGAUUUGUAUCCUGUGGAUGAGAACAUGAAGAGCGAGGUUCUGAAUGACCGUUUUUGGAGAGAGUGGAAUACAUCGUCUCGGACCACAAAACCAAGUUUGACCAAAGUCAUUGUUCGGCUUCUUAAGUGGCCCCUGGUCAUUCCUAUACUUCCUCGUCUUGUCUUGCUAGGAUUUACAUUCUGCCAGCCGUUAAUGGUGAGCCGUCUUUUACAGUUCCUUCAAGAUGGAAAUCGAAAAGAGCCUUUGAGCACUGGUUAUGGCUUAAUUGGCGCAUAUGCUGUGGUAUACUUUGGAAUGAGCGUUUCCAAUAGCCUUUUUCUUCACCGCAAUUACAGGUGCCUAACGAUGCUCCGUGGUACACUUGUCGCAGCGAUAUAUACUAAGACGACCGAGAUCAGCAUCACAGCUCUUGACAACUCUUCAGCUGUGACGUUGAUGAGUACUGAUGUCGAACGACUGGUACGCGGUUUACGAAAUAUGCAUAAUCUUUGGGCGAAUAUAAUCCAGUUUGCUCUCGCAACUUGGCUGCUCUCAGCAAGAUUGGGCUGGGCAUGCGUAGCUCCGAUCAUUGUCACCCUUAUCACUUCUGCUCUAACGAUUGGGCUCGCAUUUGUUGCGAACAAGUUGCAGUUAGGCUGGAUUACCAAGAUCCAGAAGCGCAUUGGAAUCACAUCUAACAUGCUUGGGUACAUGAAAGGGGUCAAGAUGUCAGGACUGACUGCAAGACUCUCAACUCUAAUUCAAAACCUUAGGAUCAAUGAGAUCAAGUAUGCGGAGAAGUUUUGGUCACUUGGAGCUAUUUCAGCGACUUUAGCCUUUAUGCCCAUCAUGUUGUCUCCCGUUGCUACGUUUGCUUUCUAUGCAGUCAUUGCUGCUAAAGAUGGCACAACACUAGAUGCUCCAAGGCUCUUCACAUCCUUAGCUCUUUUGAUUCUGCUCACGCAGCCUCUUUUUGCACUGUAUGGAGAUAUCAUCGAAUUCAGGACAACAUUCGGCUGCGUCGAGCGAAUUGAAAAGUUUUUAAUCUCAGAGUCUCUCUCGGAUCAUCGCCUCAAGACUUUGGGAAUACCUCCUACUGCGCAGCCAUUGAAGGACCACUCCCUUCAAAUACCAAGGCCACCGGUCUUGCACAAUGAUAUUGAACUUACGGAGAGCAACCAACUGAGAUCCGUUGGGGAGAGAAUUUAUACCUCGAAUGAGGCAGUACGCAUCGAAAGCGGUGCCUUCGGCUGGACGAAGGAUGGUCCUCCCAUCUUGCAAGAGAUUGAUAUUAGUAUUCAACACUCUGAUCUGACUCUUCUGAUUGGCGCUAUUGCUUCUGGGAAGUCUACGCUCCUCAAAGCUAUCCUAGGCGAGACCCCUAGCUCCAAAGGAUUUGUGUAUGUAUCAAAAUCCGAGGCCGCAUACUGCGAGCAAACACCCUGGCUAAUUAAUACCUCUGUGAAGGAGAACAUUGUUGGCUUCUCGAGUUUCGAUCAGAAUCUCUAUGAUACGGUAAUCUAUUGUUGCGACCUCGAACAAGACAUCGCUACAUUUCCUCGCAGACAUGACACCAGAAUUGGAAGCAAAGGUCUUUCUUUGAGUAGUGGACAAAAGCAAAGGAUUGCAAUUGCUCGGGCCGUGUAUGCAAGAAAGGAUUUUGUGGUCUUUGAUGAUGUCUUCAAUUGUCUUGAUGCUAAUACCCAGCGGAACGUUUUCGAUCGGCUUCUGGGUCCGAGUGGCCUCUUCAGAAAAUGGAAUACGACGGUGUUGAUUGCUACCAAUGCUGUGGGCCUUCUGCCAUUUUCGGAUCGCAUUAUUGCUCUAUCUCCAGAGGGCAAGGUUGCCGAACAAGGAACAUUUCAAGAACUUAAAGCAAUUGAUGGCUACGUUUCCAAAUUCUGCCUGGAGCACGCAAACGAGCAAGCCACGGCGACUAAAGAAGACUCAGAAAUGGACUCUUCAUCAAGGCCACGUACGAUCUUCCAAUCUGUACCUAAUAACUCCAUCAUUACUACCUCAGACGACAAGCGUAGGCAACUCGGCGAUUGGAAGGUAUAUCAGUACUACUUCGGAACCAUUGGAUGGGGCAUGACCACAGUAUUCCUUGCUUUGGCAUGUGGCUGGGGCUUCUUUUCCACGUUUCCAACUGUUUGGUUGAAGUGGUAUGCUGAUGCUAACGCUUCCGAGCCAAAUAAGCAUACAGGGUAUUAUCUUGGAUUGUACACUGCGCUUCAGAUUGUUGGCUUAAUCGAUAUGUGUUUGCUGACAUGGUUCUCAUUCAACAUAAUGGCCAAAAGGUCUGGCCUUCGAUUGCACGAGUUAACUGUGAACGCGGUUAUGUCGGCCCCAAUGUCUUUCUUCAGUAAGACUGACACUGGCUCAAUUACCACGAGGUUUAGUCAAGAUAUGCAACUUCUAGAUGCAAACCUCCCACUUGCCGUCAUGGCUGUCACCGGCGGAUUCCUAUCCUGUGUUGGCCAGAUUGGUCUCAUUGCGUCAGCUGCAUAUUAUGUUGCAAGUUGUAUUCCUGUGCUUUUCGUGAUAUACUAUUUUGUUCAGCGGUACUACCUUCGCACUUCUCGACAAAUGCGUUUCCUAGACCUCGAGGAGAAAGCGCCCGUAUAUACGCAAUUUAUAGAAUCUCUAUCCGGGCUGGCAACCAUCCGAGCCUUCGCAUGGCAGAAAGCCUCCAUCGCACACAACCAUAAUUUAGUUGAUAAAUCCCAGAAGCCGUUCUACCUUAUGUUCAUGAUCCAGACCUGGCUCACUCUUGUCCUGGAUCUCAUCACUACUGCCCUUGCCAUUCUAGUUGUUGGCGUGGCAGUUAGGAUGAGAGAUACCAUUUCUGUGGGCUUUACUGGAGUAAGUCUGACACAGAUUAUUAGCUUUACGGCGAAUUUGAAAUUAGCAAUUCUGUUUUGGACGCAGAUGGAAACUAGUAUUGGGGCAGUGGCAAGAGUGAAACAGUUUGUGGAGGAGACAGAUGUUGAAUAUAAAGAUGGGGAGAUAAACGUGCCACCUCCGGACUGGCCAAGUAAGGGAAAGAUUGAGAUUCAGAAUCUCACCGUUUCGUAUGAUACAAAUGAGGACCGUAAAGCUUUAAAUGAAAUCACGCUCGACAUUCCCGCGGGGCAAAAAGUGGCAAUCGUGGGACGAACCGGAAGCGGCAAAUCCACACUUGUUUCUUCUCUCUUCCGCAUGGUAGAAACUAGCAGCGGCUGUAUCACUAUCGACGGCAUCGAUCUCUCUACCAUGCCCCGCGAGUACAUCCGCACCAGACUUAACGUUAUCGGUGAAGACCCUUACUUCCUCACAGGUAGCAUUCGUCUGAAUCUCGAUCCUUAUGCCUCCUCAACCGACAUACAGCUGCGCACUGUCUUAGAGAAGGUCCAGCUCUGGGCAGUUGUUGAAUCUAAAGGAGGCCUCGAUGCUGAAUUUUCCGAUGACACUCUUUCCCACGGUCAGAAACAACUCUUCUGUCUUGCAAGAGCACUACUCAGGCCAGGGAAAGUGGUGGUAUUGGAUGAAGUGACUAGUAGUGUGGAUUAUGAGACUGAUAAGAUGAUGCAAAGGGUUAUGAGAGAGGAGUUUGAGUGCAAAACAGUGAUUGCAAUUGCCCAUCGGGUGGAAACUGUGACAGACUUCGAUUGGGUUGUUGUACUCAGGGAGGGGAGAGUAGUUGAAGAGGGGAGUCCGGAGGAGUUAUUGAAGAGGCAGGGAGGAGUUUUCAGGGAUAUGGUCCAGCGGAAGGGCAAGAAUAAGGCAGGGAGGAAGAUAGAAGAGGAGGAGUACAAAUUCUAG